AGAAUGUCGAGAGUGCCCGCGGGAUUAUGGAAGAAAUACAUCGCGGUGCAAAUAUAUGGUGCUAACACCGAUGUUGGAAAGACUGUGUUCUCUACCCUCCUCGGUUUGCGCGUCAAACAUGGAUUGAAGAGGAGGAAAUAUCAAAUCCAGUAUAUCAAGCCCGUCUCGACGGGACCUGCCAGCGAUCGCGAUGAUGACUAUGUGCGGAGGUACACAGGUCAGACUGUUUCAACCCUGUUCCAGUUCAAGGACCCUGUCAGUCCUCACAUAGCCGCUCGAGACUCGGCUCGAGACCCGAAGGAUAUUCCCAACGAUAGUUUCCUUAAUCAUCGUCUUCAUCAGCAGCUUCGGAACAGUGCAUAUGCGAUCCAUCAUAAGUCAGAUGACUGGGGUUUCGGCAUCGUGGAAACUGCUGGUGGAGUCCUUAGCCCGGGUCCAUCAGGAACGCCGCAGGCGGAUAUUUACCGAUCCUUGCGACUCCCUGCAGUCCUUGUUGGUGACCACAAGCUUGGGGGCAUAGCUUCGACUAUCUCAGCUGCUGAGUCGCUCAUUAUGAGAGGCUACGAUCUCGAUGCCGUCGUCUGUUUCGAUGACAAGAGCAAAUAUCAGAACGGCGAGUACCUGACACGGUACUUCAAUGACAAGAUGGGAAUCCCAGUCUACAACAUACCGUGGAUACCCAAUAACCUUGACGGCAAGGAUGAGCGCGAGGAGCAAGCGUUAAUGAAGCAGUACUACGAGAAAGUGUGCAAAGACCGAGAAGUCCACAACAUUGCAGCACGCAUUGUUGAUCGACACCGUAAGCGAAUCGAGAACAUAGACAGCAUGGCAUCACGAACACACAAGACGAUCUGGCAUCCUUUCACACAGCACAAGCAUGUCGAGAAAGCGGAAGACGUGCUCGUAUUUGAUUCGGCAUACGGUGACUACUUCCAAGUCAAACGCACCUCGAAGUCAGAGACGAGCGGUGAGCUCGAUGACUCUUUGCCGAUGUUGUAUCCGGCGUUCGACGGAUCUGCGAGCUGGUGGACGCAAGGUUUGGGACAUGGUAAUCCCCGCUUAGCACUUGAAGCAGCGUACGCAGCAGGUCGCUACGGACAUAUCAUGUUUGCAGGAGCAACACACGAGCCAGCACUGAAGCUUGCUGAGCACUUACUUGAGGGCCUGAAGAAUCCUCGCCUAACUAAAGUCUUUUACACUGACGACGGAAGCACAGCGACCGAAGUUGGUAUCAAGAUGGGCGUCCGUGCAGCCUGCAAACACUACGGCUGGGAUGGCUCCAAAGAGGCUAUCGGAGUGUUGGGACUUAAGGGUAGCUACCAUGGCGACACAAUUGGCGCCAUGGACGCGUCAGAGCCGUGUGUCUUCAACGAGAAAGUCGAUUGGUAUCGAGGUCGUGGCUACUGGUUCGAUUAUCCGACAUACAAGCUGAAGGGUGGUCGUUGGGUCGUUGAGCCACCCGCAGGCAUGGAGGAGGAGUUUGGACCUGUGCAGCAAUUUGCCGAGCAGGACGACAUUUUCGACUUCGACGCUAGAGGGCAAUCGCCAAGAUAUGAAGCAUAUAUCGAGAAGACGCUCGACAGACUUGUCAAACGGGAGGGCAAGAAGUUUGGCGCACUGGUCAUGGAGCCUGUCAUUCUGGGCGCAGGCGGUAUGAUCUUCGUGGAUCCUUUGUUCCAGCAGAGCCUUGCGCGCGUUGUGCGUCGUUACAACUUCGCCACAUCUUCGGAGGCCGCGCCUCCGGCGAUUGAGGGCGGACAUGCAUGGACCGGAUUACCUGUCAUGUUUGAUGAGGUCUUUACUGGCUUGUACCGUCUUGGCCGUUUCUCGUCUGCCUCGUUCCUCGAAGUUCAUCCCGAUAUCUCCGUUCACGCCAAACUGCUCACAGGUGGUUUGUUGCCAUUGUCAAUCACGGCAGCCAGCGACUCGAUCUUCCAAGCCUUCUGGGGUGACGAAAAGUCUGAGGCUCUACUCCACGGUCACAGCUACACUGCGCACCCCAUCGGCUCCCAUGUUGCCAAUGUGAGUCUAGACAGGAUGGAUAAUUACUAUCAUGGAUCGAAGUGGUAUCAAUUCAAGCGCGACUGGAAAGAGGUACAAUCGCAGGCUACCUCAACAAGACAGGAUAAGAGGGAUAAGACAUGGAAGAUAACCCCAAACAACCUCCAAACAGAGUCCAGACUCUGGAGCUUCUGGGGUAAGGAGUUCGUGCACAGUCUUUCGCACCAUGAGCGCGUUGAUCAUGUUAAUGCACUUGGCUCCACCUUAGCUGUGUCACUGAAGGACAAGUCUGGAGCCGGCUAUACUUCUUCCGCAGCCAUAGGUCUCCGCGACUCGCUUUUGUUCGAUCACAGCAAGGUCCAGAUUCACUCCCGUAUCCUCGGCAACGUCAUCUAUCUGAUGGCCAGUAUGACAACGACGCAAAGUCAGCUGAAGACUGUUGAAGAAACAUUCAGGCAGAAACUGGACGCGAUCAGUGAGUAG